AUCAUCUUCGUGUGUUUCUGUGUCCGUUGGAGAAGCAGUUGGAAGUGAGAAGAGUGGCUACAAACAUUUGAAGUUCUUACUUGGACCAAACUGAAACACUGCAAUGCAGAGGAGGGAAAUGGAGGACCCAAUUGCUGACAGCAGUGCAGAUGAUACUGAGGAGAGAACAGCAGCCUCUGAAAUGACCAAUAGCCCUAAAGAACCAGAAUCACAGCCGGACGGCACAGCAAACCUUAACCCCCAAACGGAUGAAGGCUUAGCAGAGGCUGGAGCUGUUUCUUCCUCCUGUGACAUGGCUGAGGAACUGUGCAGACAGCUGGAGGACAUCCUUAGCACAUACUGCCAUGCGGACGGAGGUGUUGGGACCAAUGACCAGCCUGACGGUGUGGAAGUUAACGGUCUGUCCGAGAAGGAGGACAGCAAGCAGGAGGAGGCCAAAUUGAACGGUAACGGAUGCAUGGAGAAGGACCAGAAGAAACAGCAGGAGAAGAAGAAAGUAAAGGGACUGGGCAAGGAGAUAACCCUCCUUAUGCAGACCUUAAACACACUGAGCACUCCAGAGGAGAAACUGGCUGGCCUUUGUAAGAAGUAUGCUGAGCUGGUAGAGGAGCAUCGCAAUUCUCAGAAACAGAUGCGAGCUCUGCAGAAGAAGCAGACACAGCUGAUCCAGGAGAAAGAUCACUUGCGAAAUGAACACAGCAAGGCCAUCCUGGCCCGCAGCAAGCUGGAGAGUCUCUGCAGAGAACUGCAGAGACACAACCGCACGCUUAAGGAGGAUGGUGUGCAGCGGGCCCGAUUAGAAGAAGAGAAAAGGAAGGAAGUGACCUCACACUUCCAGGUAACGCUGAAUGACAUCCAGGCUCAGAUGGAGCAGCACAAUGAGCGUAAUGCAAACCUGAGACAGGAGAACAUGGAGCUGACUGACAAACUCAAGAAGCUUAUUGAGCAGUAUGAGCUCAGAGAGGAGGUGGGAAUAAAGAGAAUGAGGGGAAGGUAUAUGAGUGGGAGCUGUAGGAUUGACGGUGAUCCAAACUUGUGUUUUCUCUUGCAGCAUAUUGACAAAGUGUUUAAGCACAAAGACCUGCAACAGCAGCUGGUAGAUGCAAAGCUUCACCAGGCACAGGCGCUGCUCAAAGACUCGGAGGACCGUCACCAAAAGGAGAAAGAGUUUCUCUUGAAAGAGGCAUCAGAGUCUCAGAGGAUGUAUGAACUUAUGAAACAGCAGGAAGUUCAUCUGAAACAACAGUUGUCAUUAUAUACAGAGAAGUUUGAGGAGUUUCAAAACACACUUUCCAAAAGCAAUGAGGUGUUCACAACAUUCAAACAGGAGAUGGAAAAGAUGACAAAGAAGAUCAAGAAGCUGGAGAAGGAAACAACCAUGUACAGAUCACGUUGGGAGAGCAGCAAUAAAGCACUGCUGGAGAUGGCAGAAGAGAAAACCCUACGAGACAAGGAUUUUGAAAGUCUGCAGGUGAAGGUGCAGCGACUGGAAAAGCUCUGUAGGGCUUUACAAAUAGAGCGUAAUGAGCUGAGUAAGAAGGUUCAGGGGGUCUCUAACCCAGAGUGUCCAACAGGCACAGAGAGCAGAUCAGAAACAGAGGCAGAGUCGCAACAAGAGGCCAUAGACUCAGAGGAGGGCAGCCCUGUCCAUCAGAACAGCCCAGAGCCAGAGACUUGUAGCCAGGCAUGCCACUGUGCUCCAGACCUGGAAGCCGACACUCACAGAGAGGUUUGCUCAGCCCAGGAUUGAGUCUUGAUCUCUUUGGGUGGCCAGGACACACACAAUCCUUCCCACCUCCUCAACCAGACCCCCGACCCUCCAUCAGCAGUCAGUCCAUUGCGGGAAUUCUGAUUUGUCUGCUCUGGGGGGGUUUACAUUUUGUCAGGGGUUUGCAUUUUGUCAGGGAAGAUUGUGCCUUCAACAUGAUUCCUAUGCUGCGUUUUUACUCUUUUGGUUUUUAUGUUGCUUGCUUUGUUAUUCACCUCCCACCCCCCCAAACAAAUCUCAAAUUCCAUAUUUGUGUUAAGAGGGGCAGGGAAUGCUGCUGCUGUCUUGGAGUGCUAUGUCUUUGUCCAUUAAAUGCUUAUCUAGGAAUGAUUGUUACUCUUUUCCAUUUGGCUGAAAAAGACAAACAGAAGGAAUUAAAAUAAAAGUAAAAACGUUAUUAUCUUUGCAGUUAAAGAGCAGAUGUCCUCUUACAGGCCUUUUAAGGUGCUAUUUUAUUUAAUUUCUCACGUUAAGUAAUUGUUUCAUGUAAAAUGUGUAUUCACACCUCCCAAUUACCUUCUCUCUUGAGUUUAAUUUUAUAGAAAAUGUAUUUAUCAUCUUCAGGUUACAGAAUUUAUAACUGUAGACAACAGGUAAGCUAACAUUGUUUCGAGUUUAGGGUUCUUCCAAUCCGAACCCAGAUUUCGUUAUGCUUUUGCACAACACUCCAUAUAUGUAUCUUUUAACAUUAGGUUACACAGUCUUUAAAUCCCACUAGAAUUAAUAAAUUGUUUUUGUAUUUUCUUUCAUCGGUUAAUAUAGCCUGUAUUGUAUACACAUUCCUUUAACCCUUUGUAAAACUUUACAUUAAGAGCAUGCACUUGAAUGCAAUUAUGACCACUAAAGUUUUUCAUUUAAUUUGUGAUUUCCAUGUGGACCGAUCACACUGUUAUCGUAAGUAGGUUCAUUAAUGUUUAGCGUAGUCAAGUUAUUAAAAUAAUAAAUGAUAAAUCCAUCUCCUGCCCAACUGGACCAGAUUAAAGAUGAUGUGAGAACACUAUGCAAUUCAUCUGUUGUUAUCUCUGUUUGGCAUGUAAACAUAGCAAUGACAUGCUGAGAAAUUAAUGUACAGAUACCCACAAAGUGACUUCGUUCAGUUAUAUCUUUAAAUGUCAACUCUGGAUUUUGGGUUCUUCAUUAAUGAUUUUAUUUUUCAGUGUAUUGAGAACAUGCAUAGUACUUUCUGACAGUAACUGCUGUUUGUACCAUUUCAGUACCCUUCUGAGCGGAGUACAAAUCUAUUGACAUUCAGUGUGCAUAUGGUGUCAUGUUUUCAUGUAAACUUCCAUAUUAUCAUUCCAGUCAAUGUUUAUGCACAGAUUUAGAAUUGUUGUGUUUGAACAAGUCUUUUUGUUUACAGAUGUCUGUAACACAAUCAUUGUUUUCUCUUAUAUGCAUUGUAUUCUCUUUACUUGCUAAAAUUUGAACUCCCAUCUAAAAAGGUACCAAAGAUAAUUUGUCUCCCCCUCCUCUCCUCACAACCUGUAUACAUUAUUUGCAAAUUAAAAUACUA